CCAACAUGGCCACGAUGAAGCCGAAAGUGGUGACACAUAUCAUUUAUACAAUGGCAUUCUUGGACAUGUUUGCAGUGAGCAUGUUCAUACCAUUAUUGCCGCAGAUGGCUCGACGGCAAGGGCUAUCUCCAGCCCUCAUAGGACUUUUUGGCUCUGUGUAUGGAGGUCUUCAAUUGUUUUCUAGUCCAACAGUGGGAAGCUGGAGUGACAGCUCUGGGAAAUCCUACGUCCUGAUGGUGACACUGGUGCUGACUGCAGCCGGGUAUUACGUGCUAGCAUGCUCAAUGACAGUGGUCUUCAUACUCAUAGGACGUAUACUGCCUGGCCUGUUCAAGCACACGCAAAGUCUCCUCAAAUCCUAUGUGGCAGACGCCGUCCCAAAAGAAGACCAUUUGAAAGUUUACGGACGUCUGCUGUCCUUGGGGAACGUGGGCUUUAUCGUUGGCCCCCUUGUUGGUGGAUUCAUUGUGGACUCCUCACUUGGUUACCAGACGGCAGUCUUCCUUGGGGGUUGCAUAUUUAUUCUUAAUGCAGUCGUAGCCCGUAUGUUCCUUCCCGAGCAUAUCGUUGUGGAACCAAAUGACCCAAAGAUACCAAAUAAGAACAACGGGGCAAAAAAGACGUCUGCCUUCAAGAACCCAUUGACCGUCCUUUCUUCGAUCCGUCGCAUGCCUUGGGGGAAUCUCUGGGGGGUUUUCCUCAUCAAACUACUUCUCAGCUCCUCUUGCCUGAUGUUCCGAGAGAAUGCCAGUUUGCUCUUUGACAUAAAGUUCCACACCACUGCCAAAAGUGUUGGGUUCAUCAUUUCAUUUGCCAACUUUAUAUCAUCAGUGACUGGAUUUUACGUGGACAAAGUUGCAGCCAUUUAUAAAGGGAAUGAUUCCAAGUUAUUAAUGCAUUUAACUAUUGUACACAUCGUGUCUGUGAUAGGCGCUACCCUUGUGCCAGAACUUUGGAUGUACGUUGUAUUUCUAGUUCCAUAUAAACUCUGCCAAGCCCUGGCACGGGUCUGUGUCAUCAACUUAGUUGUGCAUCAUGGAUCAGACCAUGAGACCGGGGCGCUGAUGGGCAUGAGCCAGAGCCUCGUAUCAAUACCAAGAAUCAUCGUUCCGACGUUAUGUGGCCUGCUCCAGGUAGUCGAUAUCACAAUUCCUGGAAUUGUCGCUGGUUUACUAGGUGUUUCUUGUAUUUAUAUUUUAUUUACAGACCCAAUAGAAAGCCGUAAACUCACUUCGGAUCUGUCUUCAGAGAAAAAGUCCAACUGACGGUUGGAAGUUUAAUUCAUUACAUACUGCUGAUUGUUUUAUCUGAAGAAUUAGUGUGGAGCUGGUGGUCCUUGGUCGCAACUGAGCUGGUGGUUCUUGGUUGUUUAAUCAAGAUCCCUACUGAGCUGGUGGUUCUUGGUUGUUUAAUCAAGACCGCUACUGAGCUGGUGGUUCUUGGUUGUUUAAUCAAGAUCCCUACUGAGCUGGUGGUUCUUGGUUGUUUAAUCAAGACCGCUACUGAGCUGGUGGUUCUUGGUUAUUUAAUCAAGAUCCCUACUGAGCUGGUGGUUCUUGGUUGUUUAAUCA